UACGAAGAAAAUUAGGGGCGGCUGGCUUGACUGCUACUUUACGAGUUGAGGCUGUCUUUACUGCAGUGAGAAACUACGGCCGCUGCGGACGAACCAAACGUAACUGUUAAUUUUCUCUUCGUAGUGAAAGUCCGGAUGGUCCAGAGGUAGAGAUAUCAACAUGGCGCACAGAAAGAAGCCGGAGCUCGCGACUGAAAAACUACGGGUGUCACUUUUGGUCUCUUUUGUCUGUGUUAUGUUUCACCUCGGCGGCGCUGACGACAGGCUACACCGGACACGAAGCCCCUCGACUGGCGAAACGGUCGAAAACUACGACACAUACUACAAUUACGUUGAACUCACCGGGCGUUUGCAGUCCUACGCCCAGAAAUACGCUCACAUAGCGAACCUGUCGAGCAUAGGUCGCUCGGUGCAGGGCAGGGAGCUUUGGGUGAUGCGGAUCACCGAGGACCCCCAUAGAGAGUCACCGGGGAAACCCAGGUUCAAAUAUAUUGGCAACAUGCACGGCGACGAGACCGUGUCCAGACAGGUUCUGGUCUAUCUUGUGGACUACCUGCUGACUAAAUACGAGGAGGAACCACGGAUAGCUCAACUGGUGAACACCGCUGAUAUCUAUAUCAUGCCCAGUAUGAACCCCGACGGCUUUGAGAUGUCCAAAGAGGGGGACUGUGCCGGCCACAGAGGGGGACGAAACAACGCCAAAAACAAGGACCUAAACAGGAGCUUCCCUGACCAGUAUGCUCAAGUCAUUACAAACCCAGAUAGCAUUCCUGAGGUCAUGGCUGUUAUCAGAUGGAUGCAGGACAAACAGUUUGUUCUGUCUGGUAACCUGCACGGCGGAACUGUGGUUGCCAGCUACCCGUUUGAUGACUCGGCCACCCACGCGCAGCAAGGUCAUUACAGCCAAUCAGCGGACGACGGCCUUUUUCGCUACUUGGCCCUGGUGUACUCCAAGAACCACCCGGUGAUGAAGACUGGGCAGCCCAACUGUCCCGAUAUCCCAGAAGAGACCUUUAAAGAUGGUAUCACCAAUGGGGCGCAGUGGUAUGACGUAACAGGAGGGAUGCAGGACUACAACUAUGUCUAUGGAAACUGUCUUGAAAUCACCUUGGAGCUAAGCUGCUGCAAAUAUCCCCAUGCUUCUGAGCUCCAUAAGGAAUGGGAUCUUAACAAAGAGUCUCUCCUGGCCUACAUUGAAAAGGUCCAUAUUGGUGUCCGUGGCUAUGUAAAAGAGCACGUCAGUGGUUCAGCCCUCACCAAUGCCAGCAUAGUGGUUGCAGGCAUCCGCCACAACCUGACCACUGGAAGAUAUGGGGACUACUACAGACUUCUACUCCCAGGAGCCUACAACAUCACCGCUGUGGCCACAGGGUACACACCCGUGACGGUCAACAAUGUAGAGGUCUUUGAUGGAAAUGCCACAGAACUUAAUUUUGUUUUAGUACCAGUUGCCAUCGAGCCAAACCUUGCAGGCAACGUCACUCUGACCACACCCUCCACCCCUUCAGCCACUGAUAUUAACAGCUACACCUCGAAUACCAACACCGCUCCCUCCCACCGGUCCCAGGUGGUAACCUCAAUGGGGAGUAAAACCACACCCAUUCCUUCACCAACUGAGCCCCAGCCUGUUCAACCCCAGGAAUUUCGCCACCACAACUAUGCUGACAUGGAGCUGUUUUUACGCAAGUACAGCAGCGAGUUCCCGUCUAUUGCUCAUCUUUACUCUAUUGGCCGCUCAGUGGAAGGCAGAGAGCUCUAUGGGAUGGUUAUCUCAGACAACCCUACAGUUCAUGAGCAUGGUGAGGCGGAGUUUAAAUAUGUGGGCAACAUGCAUGGCAAUGAAGUGGUUGGCCGGGAAAUAUUGCUCAACCUCAUUGAGUACCUGUGCCUUAACUAUGGUACCGACCGGGAAGUCACCGAGUUGGUCAACAGCACUCGUAUCCACAUUAUGCCUUCGAUGAACCCUGAUGGCUAUGAAGUGGCCAAUGAAGGUGAUGUGAGAGGCUACCGAGGGCGCAACAACAGCAAAAAUUUUGACCUGAAUCGCAACUUCCCAGACCAGUUUGCCACCAUCAAAGAUCCCAGGCAGCCAGAGACUAUCGCCAUGAUGAAUUGGCUGAAAAGCAACCCUUUCGUGCUGUCAGCCAAUCUACAUGGAGGAUCUUUGGUGGUUAACUACCCCUUUGAUGAUGAUCUAGAGGGGAAAACGCGGUACAGCAAGUCUCCUGAUGACAAGGUUUUUCAGCAGUUGGCUCGAACCUACUCACAGGAAAACCCUCUGAUGCACAAUGGGCACCCUUGUGUGAAACUCUACCCUGGGGAAUACUUUGCGGACGGCAUCACCAAUGGCGCCAGCUGGUACAACGUUGCCGGAGGCAUGCAGGACUGGAAUUACUUAAACACCAACUGUUUUGAGGUGACGAUUGAGUUGGGUUGUGUGAAGUACCCCUUGGCCAAGGAUCUGCCUAAGUAUUGGGAACAAAAUCGUCGAUCUUUACUACAGUUUAUCCAUCAGGUUCACCAUGGAAUAAAAGGUACCGUCUCUGACAUAAGGGAUGGAAUGGGAAUACCCAAUGCCACAAUUCAGGUGGCGGACAUCGACCACAAUAUCACCACAGCUCACACUGGUGACUACUGGAGACUGCUGGUCCCUGGGACUUAUUCCAUCACUGCCUCCGCCCAUGGAUAUCAACCUGUGAGGACAUAUGCCACCGUUUCCAAGAAUGGAGUGGAAGUGGUUGAUUUCCGAUUGACGCGGCUUCACUCAGACCCUAAUGGCCUCUCGCCUUCUGGACCCCAGCCAACCCAUAACCCAUCUGAGGAGGAGUUCGAGACCUUAAUCAAGGACCUCUCUCUGGGCCAAGGUUUAGAACAGCUGGUCAAGAGUACGGACACAGAGAACAGUUUUAGAUUCCGAGGUUAUAAGGAGCUGUCUGCCUUCCUCCGAGGUCUUACCCUCAACUUUCCCAAAAUUACAUCCUUACAGAGUUUGGGCCAUAGUGUUGAGUUUAGAACCAUUUGGGCUCUGGAAAUCUCCAACAACCCCGGAGAGGCUGAGCCCUCGGAGCCCAAAGUCCGCUUUGUAGCAGGGAUCCAUGGCAAUGCCCCUGUGGGAACGGAGCUGCUUCUUGAGUUUGCUGCCUUGUUAUGCAUCAACUAUGGCAAAAACUCUGUCAUUACAAGGCUCAUCAAUGAGACCACUAUUGUAAUUGUGCCGUCAAUCAAUCCAGAUGGAAGAGAGCAAGCGGUGGAGAAGCAGUGCACCUCCACCCAGGGUUUCACCAAUACUCAUGGCAAAGAUCUGGAUAAAGACUUCUUUGGCAAUGUAUCCCACCGUGUGGUAGAACCACAGCCAGAGACCAAAGCAAUGAUGGACAUGAUUUUAGAUAAAGGAUAUACACUGUCUGUGGCCUUAGAUGGAGGAUCGCUUGUGGCUACCUACCCUUAUGACAAGCCUGUCCAAUCAGUGGAGAAUGAAGGCACUCUGAAGUACUUGGCCAGCGUUUAUUCCAACAACCAUCCCAAGAUGCACCUUGGCAACGCUGGAUGUUCAAAUAACGGGCAGGCAAGUAACAUUCCAGAUGGAGUUAUGAGGGCAGCUGAGAGACAAAGUCACAUGGGCAGUAUGAAGGACUUCAGUAUGGACUUUGGCCAUUGUCCAGAAAUCACAGUGUAUACUGGUUGUUGUGUGUUUCCUCCAACUGAACAGCUCACCACACUUUGGGCAGAGAACAAGAAGCCUCUUCUAAGCAUGUUGUUGGAGGUCCAUAAAGGGUUGCGGGGAGUCGUGAGAGAUAAGAGUGGGAAGCCCAUUAUUGGGGCCAUUAUUGUCCUGAAUGGAGGUGUGAGAGUCUUCUCUGGAGAAGGUGGUUACUUUCGCGCGCUGCUGGCUCCCGGCAACCACAACAUUGAAGCGGUUGCUGAUGGCUACCAGCAACAACGCCAAGAGGUGGUGGUGUCGUCCUAUGAAGCGGCGAGCUCCAUCAUCAUUGAGUUUGACAUGGACCACAGCAUCUUUGGUCUGCCGAGAGAAUUUGUGGUGGCCAGUGCAGCCGCCUCCAUGACAGCAUUAGUGGUGACUGCAUGCAUCAUCUGGUGCGUGUGCGUUGCCAAGUCUAAUCGGCAAAAAGAUGGCUUCCACCGUUUGCGGCAGCACCGAGACGAGUACGACGACGAGAUUCGGCUAACGUCGAUGGGCUCCAAGAAGUCGCUCCUUGCCCACGAGUUCCAGGAUGAAAGUGAAAGUGAUGAAGAGACGUUAUAUGCCAACAAAAUCUGAAAGAGCUUUUGCUGUUUAGAUUUUCCUUCUGCAAGAUAAAGCCUGGGACAGCAAGGGUGUGGACUUGUUGAAUUUAAGGCAUUUUAUCUUCCUCUUAAUGAAUGCACCAAGACUGAGACCCUUUUCUGUUAUACUGAUGAGUUUUGAACACCUGCUCAAUUAUUAACCCAAUUGUUGCAUCAGUCACAAAAUUCUGCAGUUGUCUUUUUGUGCUCAGUCGCCACCUAGAGCUUUGAGCCUGUGAGCCACUCAUCUGUCCUGCUUUAGUAGAUUGAGUGUCCCAACUUUCCAUGGCCAACCUGACCUAUCUGACUAAAAUUCUGCCCCCCCCCCCAAAAAAAAAAACGGCUGACGUUCAGAGCAUAAAAGUAUAUAGUUUCCUCCUAGUCCUUAUGAUACAGGAAGUGUUCCCCUCCCCCCCCCCCCCAUUCCCCUCUCUCCUUCCUUCCCAAGCUUCAGGAGGGUGCAUCCAAUUCUGUGCCUUGGCUUCUCUGAAGCUGCAACAUAGGAAGUAGAAAGCUUUUGGGUGCUGCAAGAUUUUUGAUCCAUCCUAUUCUCAGGUGGUAGGAAGAGGGAUACAAAUUAAGCUCCUCUAUUCUCAUGUUGCACUAUACCUAGGCUAAUGAUUUUGUUUUCCUCAAUGGAGAGAAUCUCAAGAAGGGGAAUUUCUCAGAUGUGUAGAAGUGUCAGGACUUGUCCCAAUCUGUGCAGAACGUGUUGGCUCACUUGCACUGAAUUGGGGAGGGGGUGAAGAGAAGAAUCCUCAUUUUGUUAUCAUUGGUAAAGGAACAACCGAGUCUUCUAACAAAUCUCAAAUGAAUGUAUUUAAUUUUUAAUGUACUUUUUUUAUUUUAUUUUAUAAGGGUCUGUAUAGGCUUGUGUGUAAAUUGGAAAAUGGCUGAUCCAUGUCAAAAGCUGUCACUUUAACCAAGUAUGUCCAAAUUUCUUUUGAACAGAAAAUAACCUCUGCCACACCCAUUUGUUGUCAUAUUAGUUUUGUCCUUCUAGUCAACUGUGACUGAUCAGAAUGAAAGCCAUGAAUUCUGUCCAAUUAAAACUCCAGUGCAAGGACUCUUUUCGAACAGUGAUUAAAUGCUAAAAAUGUAAAUUUCUUCAAAAAAUUUCAGCAUUUUCAAAUAUAAAUAUAAAGGUAAUUUCAUAACCUUUGGUGUCACUGGAAGGACACCCUAAACCAAACCAGAUUUUUCUCAAUCUGGUUGCUCCUGAAGUGGAAAAUGCCAUACUUUUUAUUCCACACCUACAAUUUUGUUUUCUUAAGCCCUUGCCUUAAUUUCCAGUCUAAAUGAUUCUUUUUUUUAAUGCGGCUGUUUUCAGUAAUUGUAAUGCUGUUUUGGUGAUUGUGUGUAUUUUUUUGGUUUUUUUGUUCUUAUCAUGUCUGAAUGAGUGUAUGUGACAAGAGUCAUGCAAUAUUGUGAAGAUUUUAUAUAAACUGGAAUGUCUAUG